UUAGCAGGGUUGUACAACUGACAAGGCCUUGCCAUUGAUGCCUCACUAUUUGCUGAGUCUCCUCUUUUUCCCUGCUAAUGUGGAACACUGAUGGGACAUUUUGUGGUACAAAGACAAUUGAAAAACUGCCAUUUUCAAAUAUUAGAGUAAUUGCUGACAGUUUAAUCAAAUGACCCAGAGACAACAAUCCAGAAGAUUGUUUAAUCAUACAGGCAUUUAUUUCAGGUUCCCAAUAUUUGGUGCCCAGCAUGACCGGAACUCAUGACUUCAAGCCACAACAACCACUAUCAAGGUGCUGACAAUCCACCAGACCUUGCAUGACCAAAUUAAAGGUCAUUUUAAAGAUGAAUGAGAAAAAAUUGGAAACAACCUCCCAACAGCGGAAAUUUCCUAAAUGGAUGUCGGUACCGAAUAAAGGAUGUACUCCCAAAGGAAAAGAGCCAUGCAUUCAGAAGAGUAUUUUUGAAGAUGAUCUCUCCUUCUUAGAAUUUACUGGAUCUAUUGUAUAUAGUUAUGAGGCUAGUGAUUGCUCUUUCCUAUCACAAGAUAUCAGCAUGCGUCUUUCUCCUGGAGAUGUGAUAGGAUUUGAUAUGGAAUGGCCACCAACAUACAGUAAAGGGAAACUCAGCAGAGUUGCACUAAUUCAGCUGUGUGUGUCUGAGAGCAAAUGUUAUUUGUUUCACAUUUCUUCUAUGUCAGUUUUUCCCCAGGGAUUAAAAAUGUUGCUUGAAAAUGAAGCAAUUAAAAAGGCAGGUGUAGGAAUUGAAGGAGAUCAGUGGAAACUUCUACGUGACUUUGACAUCAAAUUGAAGAGUUUUGUGGAAUUGACAGAUGUUGCCAAUCAAAAGUUGAAAUCUACAGAGAUCUGGAGCCUCAAUGGUCUGGUUAAACACCUCUUUGGUAAACAACUUCUAAAAGACAAGUCUGUCCGCUGUAGCAACUGGAGUAAUUUCCCUCUCAGUGAGGAUCAGAAACUGUAUGCAGCCACUGAUGCUUAUGCUGGUCUCAUCAUUUAUCAGAAAUUAGAAAGUUUGAGUGAUGCUGUACAGAGGUUUGAUACAAAUAAAGGGGAGGAAAUCCUACCUAGUGAAAUAAUGAAACAGUUGACUGCAAUCUCCAGAGAGGUGAUGGAUCUGGUUGAGCAUUUUCCUGACACUUACAGAAAAUUGGAAAAUCCACAGAGGGUUCCUAUAAUAUUGAAGAAUAUUUCAGAAAAUCUAUAUUCACUGAGGAAGAUGAUAUUUGCCUCUGCUGAUGCUGAGCCUGAACUGAGGUCCCACAAGAAUGUUCACUUGCUAUCAUUGGAGGAUUCAACUGGUGAUGGACAACAACAGGAACAAACUAGAAAACAGAACAGUUUUACCAAAGUUAAAGCUGAAACACGAGACACAACAUUUGACAGUUUAAUUAAACACAGUGGAGAAGAUGUACUUGGAAAUGCAGUGAAACAAGAGGAUGAUGGCUUUGAAGAUGGAAUAAAUGACAGAGAACUGAAAGAAGAUAUGGAAAGAGCUUGUUUGAUGUCAUUAGAUAUUACAGAAUAUGACCUCCAAAUGUUGGAACAGCAGGCUCAAGAAACACAUUCCCGUAAUGUUUCUUUUCAGUCUGCUGAGCAUUUGUCUCUGAAUGAUAAUGAGCAAGAAUCAUCUUAUAUAAUUGAAAGCGAUGAAGAUUUAGAAAUGGAGAUGCUUAAGUCUUUAGAAAACCUAAAUAGUGAUGCUGCAGAAACAGAUCAUUCUAAGUGCUCAGAAACAGAAAGAAAUGCCUGUUUUCCUGUUGAAGCUGAUGAAGAUAAAAAUGAGAGCAUUGAUGAGGAAGAAGAAGGUGAGGAAGACCAUUUUUUGCCAGAACCCAAUGCAAAACAAGUUACUUGCCUGAAGACGUAUUUUGGCCAUCAUAAUUUUAAACCGGUUCAGUGGAAAGUUAUUUAUUCUGUUUUGGAAGAAAGAAGAGAUAAUGUUGUUGUCAUGGCAACUGGAUAUGGAAAGAGUUUAUGCUUCCAAUACCCACCUGUGUACUUGGGCAAGAUUGGCAUUGUCGUCUCACCUCUUAUUUCCUUGAUGGAAGAUCAAGUGCUGCAGCUUGAAAUGUCCAACAUUCCAGCCUGUUUCCUUGGAUCAGCACAAUCAAACAAUGUUCUAGAAGAUGCUAAAUUAGGCAAAUAUCGGAUUAUUUACAUAACUCCAGAAUUUUGUUCAGGUAACUUGGACCUGCUUCGGCAACUACAAGCUAAUAUUGGUAUUGCACUGAUUGCGGUGGAUGAGGCUCACUGUAUUUCUGAGUGGGGGCAUGACUUUAGAAGUUCAUUCAGGACACUGGGCUCCCUGAAGACAGCACUCCCGUUGGUUCCAAUAGUUGCUCUCACUGCUACUGCAAGUUCUUCAAUCCAGGAAGAUAUUAUACGUUGCUUGAAACUGAACAAUCCUCAGAUUACCUGUACUAGUUUUGAUCGACCAAAUCUGUAUUUAGAAGUUGGACGAAAAACAGGGAAUAUUCUUCAAGAUCUACAGCCAUUUCUUGUCAAAAGAACAAACUCUGAAUGGGAAUUUGAAGGUCCAACUAUCAUCUAUUGUCCUUCCAGAAAAAUGACAGAACAAGUUACUGCUGAACUUAGGAAACUGAAUUUAGCCUGUGAAACCUACCAUGCAGGCAUGAGUUCUGGCACAAGGAAAGAUGUUCAUCACAGGUUCAUGAGAGAUGAAAUUCAGUGCAUAAUAGCUACUAUAGCUUUUGGAAUGGGCAUUAAUAAACCGGACAUUCGCAAAAUCAUUCAUUAUGGCGCACCUAAAGAAAUGGAAUCCUACUACCAGGAAGUUGGUAGAGCUGGCCGAGAUGGACUUCCAAGUUCCUGUCAUGUACUGUGGGCUCCAGCAGACAUUAACUUAAAUAGGUACCGCUUUUUUGAGAUACAUAAUGAAAAGUUUCGAUUAUACAAGUUAAAGAUGGUGGCAAAAAUGGAAAAAUAUCUUCAUUCCAACAGAUGUAGGCGGCAGAUCAUCUUGUCUCAUUUUGAAGACAAAAAACUACAAAAGGUCUCCUUGGAUAUUAUGGGAACUGAGAAAUGCUGUGAUAACUGCAGGUCCAGAUUGAAUCAUUGCCAUUCCAUUAGUGAUUCAGAUGAUACAUCACAAGACUUGGGUCCACAAGCAUUUCUUCUGUUAUCAGCUGUGGACAUCUUACAAGAAAAGUUUGGAAUUGGGAUUCCAAUUUUAUUUCUCCGAGGAUCUAGUUCUCAGCGUCUUCCAGAUAAGUAUCGUAGACACAGCCUUUUUGGUGCUGGUAAGGACCAAACAGAGAGUUGGUGGAAGGCCUUUGCCCGUCACCUCAUGACUGAAGGAUUUCUAGCAGAGGUUCCUGGUAGUAGCAGAUUUAUAAAGACCUGCACCCUUACAGUGAAGGGUAGGAAUUGGCUUGUUAAAGCCAGUACAGAAUCUCCUCAGAGACUUAUACUUGAAGCCAGUGAAGAAUUGUGUCCGAAGAAGAAGUUCCUUCUGCCAAGUUCUCAUACUGUAUCUUCAGGCAUUGAACAUCAUCCCUCUAAUCAAAUUCCUAUUCGAUUAACUGCAGAGCAGUCUAAUUUGGAGAAGAUGUUUUCUUACAAAGCGAAUGAUAAAAUUUCUUCUGGGAUCAGCAUUCCUAAAAAAAGUAUCAUGACGCAGUUACCAGGAAACACUUAUGGAUCCUCAGGAGCUGUUAUUUCAGCCCAGGAGCAAAAGACCCAGACUGUAUUGUAUGGCAAAUUAGUAGAAGCUAGGCAGAAACAUGCCAAUAAAAGGGAUGUUCCUCCAGCUAUUCUGGCAACAAAUAAGUUACUGGUGGAUAUGGCCAAAAUGAGACCAACUACAGUUGAAAAUCUAAAACUGAUUGAUGGUGUUUCUGAAGGAAAAGCUACUAUGUUGGCCCCUCUUUUGGAAGUCAUCAAGCAUUUCUGCCAAGAAAAUAGUGUUCAGACAGACCUCUUUUCAAGUACAAAACCUCAAGAAGAACAGAAGAAAAGUCCAGAAGUGAACCAUGAAAAAUGCUCAUUCUCACAGUCUGUGGCUGUCACAUAUUCUCUAUUCCAAGAAAAGAAAAUGUCCUUGGACAGCGUAGCCAAGAACAGGACUCUGCCGCUCACGGUGGUUGGCCAACACUUAGCCCAAGUAGUAAAAGCUGGCUACUCCCUGGAUAUGGAGCGAUCAGGGCUGACUCCAGAGGUUCAGAAGAUUAUUACUGCUGUUAUCCAAAACCCUCCCGUCAACUCAGAUAUGAGUAAAAUUAAACUAAUUAGAAUGUUAGUUCCGGAAAACAUUGACACGUACCUGAUCCACAUGGUAAUUGCGAUACUGGAAAGUGAUCGUGACCACACUCUGUUAUGUCAGCCUUCAUUUGAUUCCAGCAAAAAGAGAUGUUUCCCCAACUCUGAAGAGAGCUCUUCAGGUUCUAAGAGAAGCAAGGAAGAAGUAGGCACAAACAGCAAGGCUGAUGAAAAACAUCUUGAUAAUUUGUCACUGAAAGACAAAGACCACAGAACUUCAUUAAAACUAGCUUCUUGGAAUCAGCCACCUGAUGAUCCAGAACUAGAAGAAUUAUUUUCAGAUUCUCAUUCACAGAUAUCAUCUGCAGACUCAAAGAGAAACUUACCUGAAUGGUUUACCAAAGGAAAUAAUACCAUAAAUGAUAACAGCAAGAAACCAGUGACCAAAAAAAAAACCGAAAGGUCUUUUUAGUUAAGUUGGCAAUUACCAGAAAGUUUUGUGUAUCUUACUGUAUUAUAAGAGCUGUAUUUCAUUGCUAAAAGAAGUAAUUUUAUCUUAAAAAUUGUUUUAACCCUAAAUAAAGACUCAUAUACCUACUGAAGAA